AUGGCCCAAUCGUCCAAACUGACGACUGGGCUUUUUUUGUCUUGCAGGAGUCGUCAACCAAUCCCUAGGAGUCGGCUGCAAGGUUUCUUCUCCCACGCAGGAGUCGCCGCUCCAAACCCCCAUAUCCUCCGGACCUCCCCUCCUCCCAUAUCCACUCCCCCCACCGGCUCCCCACCCACCCAACCAUGUCCAACCCCACUGAGGCGCUUGCACCACCAAAAGGACGCCUCCAACAGGCUCCAGCGCCCAAAUGACGCCACCAAGGUUCCUGCAGCCAAGGCUGCCGCUGAGGGGCUCCCAAGUCCCCGCCAAGGCUGCUGCCAACGGGCCACAGCCAAGGACACCUCUGACAGGCCACAGCCGGAACAGCCGGUGGGUGUUGUCAUUGGAGUCAGAGUCGCCGCAGGAGCCACAGCAGUCAUUGCGCGGGGGACAGGAGUCACCGCUGUGGAACUCCAACGGUGCUGGCCGGUGGCAGUUGGUUGA